AUGAGGCGCUCGUCGAGUUCCCAGAGUUUCCCAGGCAGACAUUCGAGAUACUGCCGGACGAACUCGAUCGCUGACCAAAGACAGCCGCGACCAUACAAUAACCCAGGCUCGAGCUACCUCCAGAACGGUGCGAGCGGCGGCCUCCCUCCCCACGGUGCCGCGCCUCUUCUGCCAAACCAGGGCCGUGUUGUCCAAACAGGUCCCAUAAGAGUUCUCUGCAUUGCCGAUGUGCGAGGAAACCUGAGAUCGCUCAACGACCUUGCGAAACAAGCCCGGGCUGACCACAUCAUCCACACUGGUGAUUUUGGCUUUUACGACGACACUUCCUUGGAACGAAUCGCCGAGAAGACGCUUAAGCAUGUCGCCCAAUAUUCGCCCCUGAUCUCCGAGCCCGUCAAGAAGGCCAUCCAACAAGGCGGCCCCGGCCCCGUCAAGACUCGAUUCCCCCCUAGCGAGCUACCUCUCUCAGAACUCCCUCUCCUCAUCAGCGGAGAGCUCAAGCUGGAUGUUCCCGUCUACACCGUCUGGGGUGCUUGUGAGGAUGUCCGAGUACUAGAGAAGUUCCGAACCGGCGAGUACAAGGUUCCCAACCUGCACAUUAUCGAUGAGGCUCGAUCGAUGCUCUUGGAGGUUGGUGGCGUCAAGCUGAGGCUACUCGGCCUUGGUGGUGCUGUUGUCAUGCACAAGCUCUUCGACAACGGUGAGGGCCGCACCACUAUUGCUGGUGGACAGGGAACCAUGUGGACGACUCUUCUGCAGAUGGGAGAGCUCGUUGAUACUGCUCACAGAGUCUACGAUCCUACUGAGACCCGUAUCUUUGUCACACACGCCUCUCCUGCGCGAGAGGGUAUCCUGAACCAGCUCUCGGUGACGCUCAAGGCCGACUUCUCCAUCUCUGCCGGCCUUCACUUCCGAUACGGUAGCUCCUACAACGAGUUCAGCGUCAACCCGACUCUCGACCACUACCGAGGCAAGCUUGCCGCCUCCAAGGCUUCCUUCAACGACGUCUGGGAGACGGUCAAGGGUGAGGUUGAGCCCGCCAUUCAGCAGAAUGAGGCCCAACAGAACCUCCUUAAGAAUGCACUACAACUUGUCGAGAAGAUGCCCACGACUGCUGCAGGCGGCAACCCCUUCGGCGGCCCUGUCGCUGGUCAGGCAGCUCUCGGCCAAGUCGACGAGAGUGCAUUCAAGAACAUGUGGAACUUCAACCUUGCUGAUGCCGCCUUCGGCUAUCUCGUCCUGGAGAUCCAAGACGGCCGAAUUGGUACAGAGAUGCGCGCCCAGGGUUUCAACUUCUCCCACCGAGGAGCCAAGCAGCAACCCGGUAUCCCCCCUGCGACAGCACCAGCUCCUACCGCCGGAAUUCCUUCGCCCGCCCCUCCCUCUACUCAAUCCAGCGUCCCGCCGCCUACAAGCCGACAGCCAUCUGCAGUGCAGCCUGCUAAGCCUACCGUAGCCACGCCCCUACCUGGUCCCCCGAAGCCCGCCACCCCCCAGCCAGCCCCGAGCUCGAGCAGUCCCGCCCCUCCCCCUCCUAGCAAGGAAGCUGACAAGGCUCCCGUCCCGGCUGCAGCUAACGGCUCCGCCCACGUCCCUGAGCCCGUUUCUUCCCCCGCUCCCAAGACUCCUGCUUCCGACAUCAUUGGUCUCUUCAUUAUGAACGUUAGCACCGAGGACCAAUGCAGAGAGCUCUUUGAUGAGGAGGACAAGGCCAAGAUCCUUAAGGUUGAGAAAUGGGGCAACUCUAACAAGGUCGUCCAAUUCAAGACGACCGAGGAUCGUGAUGCCGCUAUGGCCCGAUUGCCCGAGGAGGUCAAAACUCGAACUCAAGAGGAUCGAUCCAAGCCCCUUGUGAAGAUCUUCCAACAUCGCGAGGGCAAGUCGUAUGGCAACCGAGGUGGUGCCGGUAACUGGGGUGCCAGCGGACGUGGCGGAGCGACCAGCACGAGCGGCUACCGAAGCGCUGGAGGCGCCAGUGACUCGGAAUCGAACCGACGUGGUGGUCGCGGCGGCCGUGGCCGUGGCGGAGAUCGUGGUCGAGGUGGCCGCGGCCGUGGAGGUCUCAAGGGCGAGACUGGUACCUCGUCGCCGGCCCCCUCUACCCCCGCCGAAUAA